AUGUGGUCAAACAUCUCGCUCUAUGCCUGCUUGUACUUCGCAGCUGGUGUCUUGGGUCAUGGCGUGAAACCAAAUCUAAGCGCAACCGUUACCAAUGUGCCUCUACCAGCUAAAGACGUACAUAGUACUGUUGAAUUUCGAAGUGGUCAGACCGGCUUAGAUGGAAUGAAAGUGUUUCCAUCUAAUGACACGACAGUUGAUUGGUGGUAUUUUGAUGUUGUUUCUUGGGACCAUAAGAGCGAAAUCGUCAUCACUUUCUACACCGCUGGCGCCGCUUUCAAUCAAAGCGGAACACCCAAUAUGGUUCUUAUUACGUACACAUUUGAGAACGGGACAGACUUGAACAUCCACCUCCAGGCGGAGGACGUCAGAAUUGGGACCAUCGGUAACGGAAGUUCUGGGGAAUACCAAGGCGUGGGUGAUUGGCUCGGGUCCUCAGAUAUGUCCCAGUACGUGGUUCGAUUGGAUUCGCCAAGUAACGGAAUAUUUGGAGAGAUUAUUCUGAAAAGCGUUGCCCCACCGCAUCUGCCUUGCACUGACGAUCUAAGCGCUGGCGGCGAUUUGCUGUUGGCACCAGGGGUAGGCUGGGUAAACGUGAUGCCUGAUGCAGAUGCCACUGUCUAUUUCAACUGGUCUGGAACUGUUGUUGAGUUCUCUGGCACGGGAUACCACGAUAAGAACUGGGGAAACGUGCCGAUGGGUUCCACCUUUCGCAGCUGGUACUGGGGUCAUGGCCGAGCAGGUCCUUACUCCGUCGUCUGGUUUGACUUUCUUGCGGUCGAUGGCACCGAAUACAAAAGUAGCUAUGUCGCCCGCGAUGGCAAAAUCUUGAACGCAGCCUGUGAAGGUAUCAAGGUUCGCCCGUUUGGAGCCAACUCUACUUAUCCGCCAACUACUACCACUGGAUCGCCUAGCGGUUUCAAUAUUGAGCUGUUGGUCGGGCAUGAGAAUACUCAAGCUAAAGCCAUUGUUACACAUGAAUUCUUAAACGUUCCAGGUGCAAUCCAACGAUGGAUAGGGAGCUUUGAAAUCCUGGGGUUUGAAGGUACAGCAUUAUUUGAACAGCUUGUUGACUCUCAUUGA